CUUCUGUCAACAUUGCCGUUUCGUGACUGUCAAAUUCGCUCUCGGUUGGCCAAAGUGUUCCAUUUUUCUUUUCUCUUGUGACCCCACACGAAAGUUGCUGAUAAAAAAGUGUUCCGUUUCCUUCCGAUUCCCGUCGUUGUUAUCGCUCAAACUUCCGGCACUUCCCCGCGCACCGAUCCGGCUUGUAGAAGGGCGGAAUUUUUCGGGUCCCGUGGUGUUAAGUGAAAGGGUAAACAAACCAGUCCGAAGCUUUCGCUAAUUGAAACGGCGGGGGCGUAGUCUCUGCGCUGAUUGCUUUCUUUCUUGGAACCGCGGACAAUAACCGGAAGUGGUUGGGAAGCGGCUGGUACGACAUGGACAAAGAUUUUCACCGCAGCUCCAACUCGCUGGACUCGGACUCCAAGUCCAGCUCGUUGAAUUCGAAACAUGGCAACGAUACGAUUGUGGCCAACGAAUCGUCGUUCACGUAUCUCUCAGGCGAGAACAUGCAGGACAUCAAGAACGAUGUGUCGUACAUUUGCCCGUACAGCGGACCCGUCGUCGGAACGCUCACAAUCACCAACUACCGGCUGCACUUCCGGUCGAACCCCCCGGCCAGCGAUAAGGAUCCGAUCGUGAUAGUGGACUGUCCGCUGGGUGCGGUUAGCCGGGUGGAGAAAGUGGGCGGGGCAAGCUCGCGGGGCGAGAACUCGUACGGGAUUGACAUUUUCUGCAAAGACAUGCGGAAUUUGCGUUUUGCCCACAAGCAGGAGAAUCACUCGCGGCGGACGGUCUACGAGAAGCUGCAGUUGUAUUCGUUCCCGCUGUCGCACAACGGACAACUGUUUGCGUUCAACUAUAAGGAAAAGUUCCCCGAGGAGGGUUGGAACGUGUACGAGCCGGUGGCGGAACUUCGGCGGAUGGGCGUCAACAGCACCAACAACGACACCUGGCGGAUUACGAGGAUCAACGAAAAGUACGAACUGUGCGACAGUUAUCCGUCGGUUUGGGCCGUCCCCAAGUCGGCCAAGGACGAAAUGCUCAAACAGGUGGCGAACUUCCGGUCACGCAGUCGUCUUCCGGUGCUGUGCUGGAUCCAUCCAAAGUCGCUCGCAACGAUCACGCGUUGUUCCCAGCCGCUGGUUGGAGUCAGUGGAAAGCGUAGCGAAGCGGACGAAACGUACAUCAACUACAUCAUGGAGGCGAACGCCCAGUCGGACAAGCUGUCGAUCUUUGACGCGCGGCCAAAUGCGAACGCCAUCGCGAACAAGGCCAAGGGUGGGGGUUACGAGUCGGAGGAUUCGUACAAGCACGUAGAGUUGACCUUCCUGGACAUUCACAACAUUCACGUGAUGCGCGAGAGCUUGCGGAAGCUGAAGGAGAUUUGCUUCCCGGCGAGCGACGACCAGAAGUGGCUUUCCGCGGUAGAGGGCACGCUGUGGCUGAAGCACAUCAAGUGUAUUCUGGCGGGUGCGGUGCGGAUUGUGGAUAGGAUCGAAAACAUGCGCAUGUCCGUGGUGGUCCACUGUUCCGACGGCUGGGACCGCACCUCACAGCUAACGGCCCUCGCAAUGCUGCUGCUGGAUCCGUACUACCGCACCCUCAAAGGCUUCCAGGUGCUCAUCGAGAAGGAAUGGCUUAGCUUUGGGCACAAAUUUGAACAGCGCAUUGGCCACGGCGACAACCACCACUCGGACGCGGACCGGUCGCCGGUGUUCCUGCAGUUUAUCGACUGCGUGUGGCAGAUCUCGAAGCAGUUCCCGCACGCGCUCGAGUUCACCGAGUACUUCCUCAUCACGGUGCUGGACCACCUGUACUCGUGCCGGUUCGGGACGUUCCUGUACAACACGGAGCGGGAACGCACCCAGAAUGAUCUCAAGAAUCGCACCGUUUCGCUGUGGUCGUUCAUCAACUCGUCCAGCGACCAGUACCGGAACCCGCUGUACGGCGGCCGGAACAACCUGACGCAGCACAUGGUGCUGAAGCCGGUGGUCAGCAUGCGGCACAUCCGGCUCUGGAAGGGCCUGUACUGCCGGUGGAAUCCGAGCAUGCGGCAGCAGGAUCCGGUGUACGUGCGGACGCGGGAACUGCUCGCGCUGCAGGACCAGCUGAUCAAGCAGGUCGAGGAGAUUCGGCUCGAGAAGAGCCAGGGUGGGCAGGGACAGAGCGGAUCGCGCGGGCCGGGCACCGGGCGGAUGACCUCGCCGCUGGGGCAUUAGGUUGUUGCGAGUUUAUUGUUUUACUGAUUUUAAUUUUAUUUUCGAAAAAAGAAACUGCCUUACAACAGGCUUUGCGAGUGGGAGAAACGACUAGCGAAUAUUAGUGACACUCAACAAGUAUUUUCCAAUGAAAAAGAAACAAGUAUAACAUUUAACGAAUCGGGUCCUCGCGGUCGGUCGGUGAGUGCGAAUGUGUUGCAAGCUAAAAGCGUGUUCCAAAGAGGGAAGAAAAUUGCGUGUGCGCGAGAAAGAGAGAAAGGUAAGCUCGAGGAGAGGAUUAGAAAUGAGUUAGCGAUAAGGGCGGCCACAUGCUGCAAAUACUGCUUUUGUUACAAACUACUUUAUAGUCUUAUUUUAAUUAAUUUGCUUCCCUUCAUCCCCAUCGUUUUAUAAUCACCCACUUUACGUUUAGCAGUAUGUAAUGUUGCAGAAAAGUGCGCGGCAAACCGUUUUGUAGUUGUUUAAGGCAGAAAAUGUUAUAACGUCUAUUAUUAUUAAACCAUAUAAGCAAACCCACGUUCGUACGAAACCGCAAACGUGCGGGCUUGUUGUAUAUCCAAACUACUAUAAAUAAAUAAAUAAAUACACACAUUCUAAGCUGUGGCAGGAACUGACCCCGGUGCAACCGUCGCUAUCCUGCUGGAAAGAAGAAGAGCCGUCUGGUUAAUAAAGUGUACGAACCAACACACGCAUUUUAUGAAAAGUGAAAA